AUGCACGCGAGAUGCGCAUCGUCGCUCUCGCGCACGAGCGCGCACGAGCGCGCACUCGGAGGCCGUGAAGCGCGAGUGGAUAGCGUGCGCACGAAUGCGCGUGGCGUGAAAUCCUCGAAGAAUCGCUCGCGUGCGCGCGUUACGGCGAUCGAGGACCCCUCGCGCGUGGCCGGGAACCCGUUUGAACAAAAUGCCGACGCGGCGGACGAGCGACGCGAGCUGUUCAACGAUAUCGCGCCCGUGUACGAUCGAUUGAACGACGCGUUGAGUUUGGGUUUGCACCGGGCGUGGAAGCGAGCGGCGGUGAAGUGGAUCGAGUGCGGAUCGGGCAUGCGCGCGCUCGAUGUGUGUUGUGGGUCGGGUGAUGUAGCGAUUAAGAUGUCCACGUUUGUCGGGAGCGAAGGGAGCGUCACGGGGUUGGACUUCGCGGCGAAACAGUUGACGUUCGCCGCGGAGAAGGAGCGCGAGGAGCGAUCGAGACGAGGGACGGACGCGAUGGGGAAGAUCGAUUGGAUCGAGGGAGACGCGCUGAAUCUCCCGUUCGAGGACGAUAGCUUCGAUUGCGCGACGAUCGCGUACGGGUUGCGAAACGUGAGCGAUAUUCCGCGAGCGAUGCGUGAGCUCAGGCGCGUGGUGAGACCGGGAGCUAAGGUGGCGGUUUUGGAUUUUAACAAUCCCGACGACCCGACGACGGCGGCUGUGCAGGGAUUCAUGCUCGACAACGUCGUCGUUCCCAUCGCUGAUCUCAAUGGUGUUGCGGCGGAGUAUCGUUACCUCCGACCGAGCAUCGAGAGAUUUCCGCGCGGGCAGGAACAGGUUGAUUUGGCGCGCGACGCGGGAUUUCGCGAGGCGACGUUUUAUGAGUUGCAGCCAGGCGGGUUAAUGGGAUGUUUAGUUUGCACGAAAUAG